AUGGACAUAAGUGGAUACCUUUAUCACAAUUUACUGUAUUCUUUAGAAAAUCGAGAGGAAAUAUAAGAUGGAUGUCGUUAGUAAACUUCAAAAUUAAAUUACCACAAAUCCCUAUUCAGAAUUUAAAGUCUUGAACCUUCUAUUCAAGGAGAUUGUCCUUCUAAUGAAAAUGAUUAGUUGUACGAAAUUGGAAUAAGGGAAUUUAAUAAUCACACAGAAGAAAAAAAUGGAAAUUAAAAAUUAUUACAAAAUAGUCCUUCAAAGAAAACUUAAAAGACCAAGAAAUUCUACAAAAAGAAGUAAUAAAAAAACAAACCUUUAUCAGAAGAAGAAUUUAUAGACAUUAUGAAAAAGUUAGAAUAAUUUCAGUGUGUGAUGAAAAUGAUUGAUAACAUGGCUAUGAUCUUGAAAGGAUAUUAAAAUUAACUACUACAACACACUAUCUGUAGGACCUAAAGAUGA